AUGUCGUGGAGCCGAGUCCCGCCAGAGGUGUUUGAGUCUAUCCUUCUGUAUUUGGACCUGCAAAGCCUGCAAAACCUCCGCCUGGUAAACACGUCCUUUAGCAUCCGGUGUAUAGGACCUCGCUUCCAGAGCUUCUUUAAAAAUGUGAAGACGGAUUUGACAAAGUCCAGCCUCGAAUGCCUCUCUGCAAAAGCAUCACAUCCCACAGUAAAGCACUGGGCCAAACACUUGACUAUUGUUGCAACUAUAUACGAUCAGUGCGAAGUCAAGGAGGCAUUGGCAAACAGCCAAAGCAGACUCGAAAUUGAAGAUACAGAAGAAAUUCUCAGAGAGAUUUCCUCUAUCCAAACUAAACUGCUUGAACUCCAUGAACAGGAGACAAGUCGUGAUGCACUACCAGAUGAGUUUAUCAUAAACCACCUGGUGUUGGCAUUGAAGGGCUUUAAAAGUCUGUCCAGUAUCAAACUAGACGCGUUCGUUAUAGAUGGCUCUGGCAAAACCCUGCCUACCACAAAGGGACCAUGGCAAUCUGUAUGGAAGCGAGCGUCGCAUGUGCAUUACCUCGCCAUGUCAGCUAUCUUGGAGAGUGAUGCUGCAAUUGAGAGCUUAGAUGUCUUUAGUCAGGCUCCGCGUUGCAGCAUCCCUUCCGCAGAUAUUACAGCCCUUCUCUCCAAAUUCGAUCCAAAUGACUUUAAGACUAUUGGUGCUUCACUCAAGAGUAUCGCCCUCAGCAUCUCCACUCGGGUGGAAACUGAGCUUCAAAAAACAGUAUCGUUUCCCUAUUAUCGACCUCCUGGUUUCCACGGACUCUUAGAUGCAAGUGAUCCUCCAGCACUAUCUCACGAUAAUUACCCCGGUGUUGCUCGGUUUCUGCAGAACAGCCCUAAUCUAAGCACGCUAUAUCUACAUCUAUAUCGCACUGUAACUGGGAAUAUUCAAGCAUACGACCAGCUUUUCACCACCAUCACCCUCACUGCCAACCUCCCCAAAUUGGAAGUGUGCUCCUUAUCGGGACUGUAUGUGACGGACAAGGCCAUGCUCAAAUUUCUCCAAGACAGUUCGCUUCUUCGCCAUCUCGAAUUAGACGAGAUAGAACUCACAUCUGGACUAUGGGAGCCUAUCUUCAACUAUCUCAGCGGGAUGAGUGCCCUGGCAUAUCUCCGUCUCUCCAGCCUCCGGAGGGAAAAGAGGAUCGUAAAUCUUCAGCCAGUCUGGGGUGAUUGGCCACUUUCGUCGGUAGCCUUUGCCCAAAGAGCGUUGCCAGUUAAGGGACCGAUGGUGCAUACCAGCGAGUUUAAUGCAGAGGACCUGGAACGGGGUCUGACGUUUCUCCCUACACCGCACUCUCGUCUGAUCGGCUCCACGCAACUCACGAGGUGGAGAAGACGACGACGAAGAGAAUAUGGAACUCCAUAA